CUCAAGAUCGAUAUUCAGGCCUUUCUUGAGAUGCUCAGUAACCUGCACCUCAUGUUCCUUCCCUUAAUGGACUUUGUCCUCCUGCUUAUCAGGCCCGCCUGAAGUGCGGUAGACUAGAUUGCAAGGUUCAGCCCCCAAAUGCAGCAUUGGUUCGAUCAGGCAUGCGUUGAGCUGCAUACAUGCAUGCAGGUACAAGUACGAUCGCAGUCGCCGUCAUUGCGACCCUUCUGUAUUCAUCUCACUUCCUCGACCUGCUCGAUACGAUGUAUCGAAAGACUGCCGACAUCACCAUUCUAACCCUUGCAUUUGGCGCACUCGCGCAGUAUAAUGCGUCGAACAUCCUCAACGUUGACCCACUCCAACAACCGUAUCCGUACCACUUUCCGCCUCAAGAUGCAGCAGGUACUCCGGCCUUGUUUCCGAUGCCCACUUGUCAAGGGAUUACGCUCGAAGAAGCGACCAUAGAUCAGCUAUCGGGCUACAUGAGCAAUGGAUUACUUACUUCUGCGCAACUUCUUCGAUGCUACCUGAGAAGGGUCCAACAAGUCGAUGAGUAUAUCAAUUCCAUUAUCGAGCUCAAUCCAGAUGCUGAAGAUAUUGCUGCUGCAUUGGACGCCGAGCGAGCGGCAGGUCAUGUGCGCGGACCACUGCACGGCAUACCGUUCAUCGUCAAAGACAACAUUGCAACGAAGGAUCAGAUGGAAACAACAUGCGGGAGCUGGGUGCUGUUAGGGAGCGUUGUGCCAAGGGACGCCCACGUGGUCGCAAAGCUACGACAAGCAGGUGCACUUUUGGUGGGCAAGGCAACUCUGUCAGAGUGGGCUGACAUGCGAUCGAACAAUUAUUCGGAAGGGUAUUCACCAAGAGGAGGUCAAACAAGAAGCGCGUAUAACCUCACGCUGAACCCCGGUGGAAGCAGCUCGGGCAGUGCAGCAGCUGUGGCCGCGAACAUUGUACCGUUUUCUCUGGGCACAGAAACAGAUGGAAGCGUCAUCAACCCUGCAGAGAGGAAUGCAUUAGUCGGGAUCAAGCCAACAGUGGGACUGACUUCACGGGCCGGAGUUGUGCCUGAGAGUGUUCAUCAAGAUAGCGUAGGCACGUUCGGCCGAACAGUUCGCGACGCCGCAUAUGCUUUCGAUGCUAUCCAUGGUAUCGAUACCCGGGACAACUACACCCUUGCUCAGGAGGGCAAGACUCCACCUAGCGGCUAUUUGCAAUAUCUAACAAACAAGUCUGCCCUACAGAAUGCGACGUUCGGGAUCCCAUGGGACAGCUUCUGGAUCUACGCGGACGAAGAACAGCAAACACAACUCUUUUCCAUCAUUUCAGCGAUCAAGGCUUCAGGAGCAACUGUAAUCAACAAUACCGAGAUACCCAACCGCGAGCUAACCGUGUCACCCGAUGGCUGGAAUUGGGACUUCGGAACCACACGCGGCUACCCUAACGAAUCAGAGUACACUGUUGUCAAGGUUGACUUCUACAACAACAUCAAAGCAUACCUCUCUGAGCUUGAGAACACGAACAUUCGCUCCUUAGAAGACAUUGUAGCCUACAACUAUGCUAACGACAGGACCGAAGGCGGGUAUCCCUGGCCACGAGGCGUUCCAGCAUUCUACUCUGGCCAAGACGGCUUUCUCGCUUCACUGGAGACAAGGGGGGUUAUGGAUGAGAUAUACUACCAGGCUCUCACAUUCACACAAAAAGCCACGCGUGAAGAUGGUAUCGAUGCAGCUCUCGCAAACAACGGACGGCCUGUUGAUGCGUUGCUUGUUCCCUCAGAUGUUGGUCAGUCGUAUCAGCUCUCAGCCCAGGCUGGGUAUCCUGUUAUUACGAUUCCGGCUGGUGUGCAUUCGAAGUCGGGCAUGCCGUUUGGUUUAGCGCUGAUGGGCACCGCAUGGGAUGAAGGCACGUUGCUGAAGUGGGCUAGUGCGAUUGAAGAUCUGCAGCUCAGCACUGAGGGCUUGCCAAAGAGAACGCUGCCGAAAUGGUAUGGGUACAAAGAGAGAAACAUACCCGUCCCGUUUCUAGAUCCAUAAGCGGUAUAGGUCUCUAUCCUUGGGAAAACAGACACCCUCUUUGUGCGAGUGGGCCGUGAACGAGGAAGUCUUGUGGAGAUACUUUUGAUCACGUCAAUUUCGGUCACAUAUUAGAGCACCUCAGAUUCUCUCAGACUCUAGCGCAGUUCUGGAUAGUCAAGAUCAUCUGCAGAUUCCAGCGCUUCACCGUCCAUGAUCCCACGUACGUAGGCAUCAUCGACAACGGCAAAGUAGCCAUCUUGCAAAUCGACCUUCCCUUCCAAAACAGGCAUUGUAUAAGUUCAAGUGAACAGUCAGGUAAUCCUGUUUCUC